AGUACAAUUCCAAAAACUCUUCUCUCAAGCAAUUUCAUCUCUUCAAAAUUUCAAAGGCUUUUUAAAUUUAAUUUGCUCUAAUUAUGGGUAAAAUUCAUCCAGAAAAUAUAUCUUCUCCUUCUUCUUAUUCUUGUUCAUCUCCUUAUGUUACAUCCAAUAGAGAAUCAUUUACCAUAUGGAUGAAAUCACUAGUUUUCCAUGGAAAUGGAUGUACUGUUUUUAAUUCCAAUGGUGAACUUUGUUUUAGAGUUGAUAAUUAUCAAGAAAGGUGUAGCAAUGAAGUUUUUCUCAUGGAUCUCAAUGGACAAGUUCUAUUCUCCAUCAAAAAAGAGAAAUUGAGAGUUUUUGGUAGAUGGAAUGGAUAUUUAUGUGGUGGAUUUAAAGGAAGGCCAUGGUUUCAAGUGAAAAAGAAUUGCACAUUUUCAAGAGGAAAUGUCAUAUGUAAUGUGAAUUUGGGCUAUGAAAAAUCAAUUAAAAGCUGUUACAAGAUUCAAAAAUUGGACAAGAAAUCAUCAUUUAAAGUUACAAAUAGUACUGGAGAUAUUGUUGCAGAGUUAAAACAAAAACAAUCAUCAAGAGGAUUUGCAUAUGGAGAUGAUGUAUUAACUCUAGAGGUGGAACCCCAAGUUGAUCAAUCGCUAAUUAUGGCAUUAGUAACAGUUUGUGGCUUGAUUAGUCGCAAAUUAUGAUCAAGAAGCUCUUUUAUUUGAACCACCAUUCUGACUUUAGAAUGUGUUGUGUGCAUUUUGAUUUUUCUUUGUAAAUUUGUAGAACAAAGAGAGGAUAUUAGAUACUUUAGUUACAAUUUUAUUUUUCGUUUCUUGUUGUAGAAAUGUCGAAAUUUUGUGAAAGAGUAAUUCAAAAGGAAUUAAUCUUACCUUUUUUUU